CUUUAAAGUAAUCUAGCACCGCCCCUCGCCCCCCCAAGACACCGUAUAGAAUACACAGCCUGGGUGCUUGAACGUCCGCUCAGGCACAAGCUUAAACACUCCUCAGCGUGAAGGGAAUAGGACUUCCGAAUGGGGGGACUGACUUGGCUCAAGCGUAAGUACGUACAUGUGCUCGGCCAGGAGCAUACAUCGUCUCCUCAUCCUUGCCAUCUACAUAACAUCCUCACCUGAACAUCUUCAAUCCAGCGCCACCUUUUGUCAAUCUUCUCUUACCCACCUCUAGAGUGAUUAAUUGUUGCCCAUCAUGUCUUGGGGAGGUUUCAAAAAGUCCAUCAAUCGGGCGGGAACGACGAUUAUGCAAAAGACAGGACAAGUAGAAAGGACGAUCGAUUCAGAAUUUCAAGAUGAAACAGUAAGGUAUAAACAAUUAGAAAAAGAAAGUUUAGCGUUACAAAAAGAAGCAAAAGCAUAUUUGGAUUCAAUUCGUUCUUUAGCUUCUUCACAAACUAGAAUUGCUGAAACUGUUGAUGGAUUUUAUAAUGAUUCAUCUGAAGCUGCAAUGGCUGCAAAUGCAUACAAGAGAGCUGUUGAUGAAUUGGACGCAAGAACGGCAAGAGAAUUAGAUGCACCUUAUCGUGCUACAGUGCUGGAACCAGUCGGAAAAUUGUGCAGCUAUUUCCCGGAAAUCAAUAAGACAAUCGACAAGAGGAAUAAGAAAUUGCUCGAUUACGAUGCAGCCCGAACACGACACAGAAAGCUAAUCGAUAAACCUUCCGAUGAUCCAAGCAAAUUGCCAAGAGCAGAGAAGGAACUUGAAGAUGCAAAGGUAAUCUAUGAAGCCAUGAAUGCACAAUUGAUGGAAGAACUACCGCAAUUGCUCGAUUUGCGUAUCCCAUACCUAAAUCCAUCCUUUGAAGCAAUGGUACGCAUGCAAGCUCGUUUUGCAGAAGAAGGAUACGAGAAGCUAGGAGGCGUUCAAAGGUACUUUGCAGAUGGUGUUCGUGAGGAAUAUGCGGAUGGACAGUUGGAUGCUCAAGUCGAAGGAGUCUUGCAGGAGAUGAAAGAACUAUCGAUUUGCGGACUACCAGAGAAGUGAAUGAUGAUAAGCAUGUACGGUUAUUCCCUUUUUACUGCAACACAUGUUUUUUUUCUCGUUGUCACGAC